CGAGAAGGGUGUAGCCAACCCUACAUGACACCCUCCUCCUGAUGUCACUCUAACGGCGCACCCUACCCACUUACUUCUGCCUAAACCUGUCCAAGUAGAUGUUUAAUGUGGAUGCCACACGUUCGUGCAGCGGCUGCAGCUGCAUGUACUUGGCUAGAUCGGAGCAACCGGAGGAGCCAUUUUUGUCAGAUUUUAACUUUACUUUAACUUGAGUCUAACCGCGAGAAUUCAUCUCCUCCUCCUCAUCCCAUCUUGCAUUGCCCCUCUACUACGACAGAGCGGAAACGAUGGUGAGGGGGGCUGGAAAGAACCAAGCUAGGAUGAAUAGCUGAGGGAUUUAAAAAAAAGAAGAAGCUUAUCAUUUAUUCUGUCCAAGCAUUCAUUAUGGCGAAGUAUUGGUAUCCAUGGAAGGCGCAAGACCCCUAAGAGUUAGAGGGAUUCAGUCUUCAGCAGAGAAACCAGAAGAGUUCCCAUUAUCCAGUGUGAGUGAGGACAACAUGAGGUGCUGGGGAGCACUCAGGCGUGUGUUAGUGCUGGGUGCUCUUUUAGGUUUUCUGUAUUUGGCGAUGGUCACUUUAGCGCAGUUCGGGACAGAGAAAAGCAAACCUGUGGACUUGCACGUCAACCCUGCACAUAAAAAGCUAGUGCAGGAUUAUGUACACAGUGUUCUGGAGGGUCAGUGUCAUCGCGGCAGAAGCAGGCAGAGUUUUUUAGCUCGACUCUCUGCUUCCAGUCCUGCGACUCAGCCUUUCCUCUGGAAGGACACGCCGCUUCCUGAUGACCUCUUUCUGUAUCCGCCCCCAUUUGGGUUCAGAGGCCUCCGGGGCAAAGUGGAGGACCUGCUCAAGCAGCUGCCAGACUCUGCGUCCCAGCAGGAAAAAUCAGAGAAAUGUCGACGCUGUGUGGUCAUGGGAAACGGAGGCAUUCUCAGAGGCCUUGACCUGGGCCCACUGAUUGACCGCUUUGACAUCAUCAUCAGGUUAAACAGCGGUCCUCUGGGAGAGUUCAGCGUCGAUGUCGGGAAUCGAACCAGCAUCAGGAUGAGUUACCCGGAGGGCACGCCGCUCCGCUGGGUCGACACAGACGCACAAACUCUGUUCGUAGCUGUGGUGUAUAAAGGCGGAGACAUCAGCUGGACGUCCGCUAUGAUCAACAAGCUCACUGUGCCUCUGUGGGACUGGCUCUUCUUCUGGCAGAAGGUUCCAGAUCAAAUCCCUCUGGAGCGCAACAUGUUCAGACUUCUCAACCCGCAUGUCAUCAGAGAGACCGCACUGGACCUGCUAAAAUACCUCCCACCCACACAGCGCCUCUGGGGCUGGGACCAGAAUGUGCCCACCCUGGGUGUCUCUGCACUGAAUUUAGCCAGUCUGCUGUGUGACGAGGUCAGCCUGGCAGGCUUUGGGUACAACCUAUCCCAGCAGGGGGCGCCACUGCACUACUAUGACCACCUGCCCAUGAGCGCCAUGCUGCAGCAGAAGAUGCACAACGUGGACAAAGAGACCAAGCUCCUACAAAGCCUUGUCAAAGAGGGAGCCAUCACUGACCUGACGGGGGGGAUUCACUGCUCCUUCUGCCCCAGCUGACCUCCACAUAUUUUACCAUAAAGCGUUUCAUUUUUUUUGUUGUACAUUGCUGUCUGAGGACAAAAUACUGAAGCAAGUACGCAAGUACUGAAGCAAUGGCAAGACUGGCGGUAUGCGAAACGUGCUUUUUGACAGCAAAGGACUUGCGACAUGUGAGAUGAAAGACAGCUGAGAGAGAAACUUGAUGCAAAGAUUGAGAAAAAAAUCUAAUAUAUUCAAUACUUGACACAAAGUGCUUCUUGCAGGACACAAAAACAGAAAGUAACCAUCGUAGUCUUUCAGUAUUUCAGUUUUCCCGUUGUAACAGCAGUUAUAUCCAUCUGAGCUAUAGACUUUGAAACCAACCAAUCAAAUGCCGUUAAAGUUCCUUUACUAACAUGGAAAACCAAGUUUUCAUGUGGAAAAUGUAGAAUUAUAAUUUUGAAUGAUUCUAAUCCAUAUUAGCAUUGCAGACAUGUUUUACUCCAGACAGUCGUUGUGUUGCAGGUAUUUCAAACAUCAAGUCUGGACUCCAAACAGCAGCUUGUGUCAAUUAAAACAUAGAUAGCUCACCCACCUCUAAAUUUAGGACUGCUUCAAUUGGUAAUACAAUAGUCUCUUUGGUAUCACUGGUUGUAAAGACAUUUUGUCCACUUACAAACUGAACGACAGAGCCUUUGAUCAGUAUGUGUUGAAUGUUUCAAUGCAUUUUGAAUUAUAUUAUUUAUUUAUUUUAACACUGGAACAAAAGGAUUUGUAUUUAAAGUUUUAAAAAAAAGUCCAAGAUGCCUUUGCAGUUUUAUUUUUAUGUUUUAAAAGAUAUGUCAGAUUUUAAAAAAAAGAAAAACAUAUGUAACUUGUUUAUGUUAGUCUGGGCUGGUCCGUGAAAGCUACACCAAUGAAAAAUGUUAUUUACAAAUUGUGCGUUUUUUUUGUUGUUUUUUUUUAAUCAUUUGUAUAAUUUUCAUUGUUUGUUAUGUAGUUAAUAACAUUUCCCCUGAACACACUUGUGUGUGGUUACUUUGGAAAUGUUCAUGUUCUUUUCCUCUUUUUUUUCAUGUUCUGAAGCUUUAAAUUUCAUCCAUUUCCAUGAAUACAGUCAAUUCUUAUGUUUUUAUUAAAUUACUUAAUAGCCAACACAACUGACAUCAAGCUAAUGGAAAAGCACAGCCAAUAUAAAGAUUAAUACCAGUCAUAUACUCGGUUCAAAUGUGAAUUUCUUACUGUUCUCUGAGGAAAUAGUCUUGUUUUAAAUGGAAAAGUUUGUUUGUCUAUGUGACCAACAGAAAGAGAUAAAUGCACCUGUCUGUAUUAAUCACAUUAUGUGUUUAAGAACAUCACGGAGGCUUAAAGAGACAUUAUUAUUGUGAUGCAGUUUACUUUUCUACCACGUCUUAUCAGUCUUAAGUUGUUGCACUGGAUCUUGUUAUAAAUUGAAUGUACAUAUGAUGGAAAUUAAACUGAAAACAUUCCUACAA